AUGUCUCAACACACACAAAAACUUAACAACACUACCAGUACCAAAAACACAAAAGCAAAAAGAAAUUCAACCAAUUUUACUAUUCUUUAUAUCCACUCAUGUGUCAAUUAUUUGGUUUCUCAAUGUGGUUACACCUUUGUUUUUCUCAAUGAAAAGAGAAAAGCUGAAAAGAUGUAUAGCAGAUAUGAUAUAUCUUUAAUUUUAAAUGAUAAAAAAGAUGUGGAAUUUGAUGCAUCUCGAAGUUAUACAAUAACAAACAAACAUCUGGUGUUUGAUGCCAAUGGAAAGCCACAAGAGUGUCCAAAAGGAUGUACGAUAAAUCGGAAUGAACAACUAAUAAUACUUUUACAUUAUUUUAACAACAAAGUGAUGAAUAUAUUUGGUAAAGAACAUUUCAAAGUCAACUCCACUAAAAAAUCUGAAAUUGAAAAUAAAUUAUCAAGUGAAAAAUUGGACAAACUACCCCAUUAUGAUAAAUUAAAUCAUAAUUACAUAUUGGAAGAAAAAGAAAUUGUUGAAAUGUCAGAUGGAUUUGUCGGUCAUUCUAUUGUUGAAUCUGGUUUUUACAAUUUUCAAAAGACACACAAAAAGAAUGGCAAACUGAUUGCUCUUGUAAUUGGUAACAUUAACAAUGAUGAAAUAACUAAGAAAUUUUGUGUUGUAAAUAAUAUUAGUUUUGUGGAUUAUUAUCAAACUCUUACCGAACAAAUAAACAACAAAUCAGACACAACAAUUGUUGAAGAUAAAAUUGUUUAUGUGGAAGAACAAACAACACCAACAGAAAGCCACAAUGAAUCAAUCAACGAGUCAAAUGAAAAUGAUCUGAUUGAAAAGACAAAAGAAAUUGAAAUUGAAAUGACUUGUAAUGAAACAGACGAAUCUUUAAAUCCAACUUUUGUUUAUGAAAACCCGCCUAUAUGCCCAAUACCAACUUCAUAUGUUGAGAGUGGUUACAUUUGGUUGCCAAUGUAUCCUGUUAUUUGUGGUCCAAUGUAUAUCAUACCUCAACAACAAACACAAUUAAAUGAAAGUUGUGAAGGUCAACAAAUGGAGUUUGAAAAUGUCAACAAUGAAAGAUUAAUAAAUGAUGUUUAA